ACCAGUCAAAACGUCAUCGUCUUAAGACAUAUAGUACGCAUUUCGCGUUCCCUCUUUCUCUUCUCUCUCCCUAUGGCGACCGCGAUGGUAGCCGAGCCAAGGAAGGUGCCGAAACCGGGUCGGGGCGGCUUCGAAGCCCACGGACUAUCCGAAGAAGAAGCCCGGGUCCGAGCCAUAGCAGAGAUCGUGAACUCCAUGGUAGACCUAUCACGCAAAGGCGAGAACGUGGACCUCAACGCACUCAAAUCCGCCGCGUGCCGAAAGUACGGCCUCUCACGCGCCCCCAAGCUCGUGGAGAUGAUCGCCGCGGUUCCCGACUCGGAGCGCGACUCGUUGCUCCCGAAACUCCGUGCCAAACCGGUCCGAACCGCUUCCGGAAUCGCCGUCGUGGCCGUCAUGUCGAAGCCUCACCGGUGUCCUCACAUCGCCACCACCGGGAAUAUCUGCGUGUACUGCCCCGGUGGGCCCGACUCGGACUUUGAGUAUAGUACGCAGUCUUAUACUGGAUACGAGCCUACUAGUAUGAGAGCUAUUAGGGCAAGAUAUAACCCCUAUGUCCAGGCUAGAAGCAGAAUUGAUCAGCUUAAGCGUCUGGGUCACAGUGUAGAUAAGGUUGAGUUCAUCUUGAUGGGUGGCACUUUCAUGUCACUGCCAGCAGAUUAUCGCGAUUACUUUAUACGGAAUCUGCAUGAUGCUUUAUCAGGACACACUUCAGCCAAUGUUGAAGAGGCAGUUGCAUACUCUGAGCAUGGUGCCACAAAGUGCAUCGGCAUGACCAUUGAAACGAGGCCAGAUUAUUGCCUUGGACCUCACUUGCGGCAAAUGCUUUUGUACGGUUGUACACGAUUGGAGAUUGGAGUCCAGAGCACAUAUGAGGAUGUUGCUCGUGACACAAAUAGAGGCCAUACAGUAGCUGCUGUGGCUGAUUGUUUUUGCUUGGCAAAGGAUGCUGGUUUUAAGGUUGUUGCGCACAUGAUGCCUGAUCUUCCAAAUGUGGGGGUUGAGAGGGACAUGGAAAGUUUCCGGGAGUUCUUUGAGAGCCCUUUAUUCAGAGCAGAUGGACUUAAAAUUUAUCCUACACUUGUAAUUCGUGGAACAGGGCUUUAUGAACUUUGGAAAACUGGCAGGUAUAGAAAUUAUCCACCUGAGCAACUUGUGGACAUUGUAGCUAGGAUACUAGCCAUGGUACCACCAUGGACACGUGUUUAUAGAGUUCAGCGGGAUAUUCCCAUGCCUUUGGUUACUUCUGGGGUAGAAAAAGGAAAUCUUCGGGAGCUAGCAUUAGCUAGAAUGGAAGACCUGGGUUUGAAAUGUCGUGAUGUUCGAACACGAGAAGCUGGAAUUCAGGAUAUUCACAACAAAAUUAGGCCAGAAGAAGUUGAACUUGUCCGUCGUGAUUAUAUGGCAAAUGAAGGUUGGGAAACAUUUCUCUCAUAUGAAGAUACACGCCAGGAUAUUCUUGUUGGAUUGUUGCGGCUGCGGAAAUGUGGCAGGAACACUACUUGCCCAGAACUCAUGGGGAAGUGUUCUAUUGUUCGUGAACUCCAUGUUUAUGGUACUGCUGUUCCAGUUCAUGGCCGGGAUGCUGACAAGCUACAACACCAGGGAUACGGUACCCUUUUGAUGGAGGAGGCAGAGCGGAUUGCACUCAGGGAGCAUAGAUCAACAAAAAUAGCCGUCAUUUCAGGUGUAGGAACACGACAUUACUAUAGGAAAUUGGGCUAUGAGCUUGAAGGGCCUUACAUGGUGAAAUCUCUUGCCUGACAAGAUUUAUCAUGCAAUGUAACAAAAUUUUGUAUCCUAUGUUUAGAAUUAGUAUUAAUUUAUUCAUGCAAUUGUGUGAGUAUGCUCAA